GUCGGUUACGUCUUUAACGCCUCACACCAGCUGCUGCCAGGACACUUUCCCACUCACUGAUGUGUAUUUACCUUCAGCCUGUCCGGCAUAUCUGUGGGAAGGGAUUCCUCUCCUGUAGAAAGGGAAUUUGAUCACCAACAUGCGUAGAUGUGGAGUAAACAAAUCCGACACUCAUCCAGCUGCUGCCGCCGCCGCCGCUAGCUCGCUAGCUGGCUAGCCACCGUAUCUCAGCAGCCUGUGGGGAAAAGAGCUAACCGUGGCUAGCUACAGUUAACCCCCAAGACGUGGACGCUGAUAUUUAACAGUACCUGGCUGCUGAGCCAGCUAGUUGCUUAUUUUUGUGUAACGUAAAGGGACGAAAUGGAGCUGUUCCAAGCCAAGGACGAUUACAUUCUCCAGAGCGGGGACCGUGCUCUGUGGUGCAGCCGAAAAGAUGGGACCAUGACGGUCAGACCUGCGACAGACCUGCUGUUGGCUUGGAAUCCAGUGUGUUUGGGUUUGGUGGAAGGUGUCAUCGGAAAGAUACAGCUUCACACAGAUCUUCCUCUCGGCCUCGUAUUAAUCCGCCAGAAAGCACUGGUGGGCCAUUUACCAGGCAACCACAAAGUCUACAAGAUCACCAAGAUAGCUGUCAUUCCUCUGUCUGAUGAAGAGCCCCAGGAGCUUGAGCUGGAGCUUUGCAAGAAGCAUCACUUUGGAAUUGACAAAACAGAGAAAUUGGCCCAGUCUCCAGACGAGUCAAAGUUUUUGAUGAAGACUCUAAGUCAGAUCAAAUCUAAUGUGGCUGUGCCCAUCAAGAAAAAGUAUUCCCCUGCCUUCCAGGUCAAGGAAAACAAAGAGAAGGAGCGGCUGGAGAGGCGGCUGCUGGAUGAGCUGUACAAGAUAUUUAUGGACUCCGACUCCUUCUACUACAGCAUGACCUACGACCUGACAAACACCGUGCAACGUCAGGGAGACUCAGAAAAGACCAGCUUGCCCUUAUGGAAACAGGUGGACGACCGCUUCUUCUGGAAUAAGCACAUGAUCCAAGACCUUAUUGAUCUUCAGGUCCCAGAUGUUGACUUCUGGGUGAUACCAAUCAUCCAGGGGUUUGUACAAGUGGAGGAACUGGUGGUGAACUACAACGAGACAUCCGAUGAGGAGAGGAGCAGCCCGGAGACCCCACCACAGGAGGUCACCUGUGUUGAUGACAUCCAUCCUCGCUUCACUGUGGCCCUGAUCUCCAGACGUAGCCGCCACCGUGCAGGGAUGCGGUACAAACGCAGAGGCGUGGAUACAGAUGGCCAUGUGGCUAACUAUGUGGAGACAGAGCAGCUGAUCCACGUGCACAGCCACACUCUGUCCUUUGUGCAGACUCGUGGCUCUGUGCCUGUCUUCUGGAGCCAGGCAGGGUACCGCUACAAUCCCCGGCCCCGCUUAGAGAAAGGAGAGAAAGAGACCAUGUCUUACUUUGCUGCUCACUUUGAAGAGCAGCUUAAACUGUACAAGAAGCAGGUCAUCAUUAACUUAGUGGAUCAGAGUGGACGAGAGAAGCUGAUUGGCGACGCAUAUCUGAAGCAAGUCCUGCUUUACAAUAACCCAAACCUCACAUAUGUUUCCUUUGACUUCCACGAGCACUGCCGAGGUAUGAAGUUUGAGAAUGUACAAAUACUGACAGAUGCCAUUUCUGACAUCAUCACUGACAUGAAGUGGGCCUGGGUGGACCAAGCAGGAGUCAUCUGCAAACAGGAGGGAAUCUUCAGAGUCAACUGCAUGGACUGUCUUGACAGAACCAAUGUGGUUCAGGCUGCUCUUGCUCGGGUAGUGAUGGAGCAGCAGCUGAAGAAACUGGGUGUGAUGCCUCCAGAGCAGCCUCUGCCUGUCAAGUGCUACAGGAUUUAUCAGAUCAUGUGGGCCAACAAUGGAGACACCAUCAGCAGACAGUACGCAGGCACUGCAGCGCUCAAGGGAGAUUUCACCAGGACUGGGGAGAGGAAACUGGCUGGUGUGAUGAAGGAUGGGGUGAACUCAGCCAACCGCUACUAUCUGAACCGUUUUAGGGAUGCUUACAGACAAGCAGUCAUUGACCUAAUGAUGGGCCUGCCAGUGACUGAGGACCUCUACUCCAUCUUCAGUAAAGAGAAGGAACAUGAAGAGAAAGAGAAGGAGAACCAAAGAGGAGCUCAGGAGCAGGUCAGCCUCCUGCUGCAGACCUACAUGCAGCUUUUGCUGCCAGAUGAUGAGAAGUUUCAUGGUGGUUGGGCCCUCAUCAACUGUGACAUGAGCCUCAUCGAUGCAACCAACAAAGACGUGGAUGUGCUGCUGCUUCUGUCUGACAAAGCCUACUACAUUGCUUACUAUGACGAAGAAGCAGAUAAAGUCAACCAAUACCAGCGCCUCAAUUUAGAGGGUUUGGAAAAAAUCGAAAUUGGUCCAGAGCCUACUCUGUUUGGGAAGCCAAAGUUCUGCUGUAUGCGUUUGCAUUACAGGAAUGAAGAGGCGAGCGGAUACUUUCAUACACUGAGGGCAGCAACACGAAAUCCCGAGGAUGAUGGGAAAGAUACGUUGCAAUGCAUAGCUGAGAUGCUGCGCAUAACAAAACAGGCCACGGGGUUGGACCUGCUUGUGGUUGAAAAGAAGCUGGAGAGGCGACAGAGUAGACCUCAUGAGGAUAUUAUGGGGAUCCAGAACAAACCUGCUGAUCAGAUCCAGGGUAGCUCUGGUUUGGCACAAGGCAAAAGCUUCCUCCUCAACAAAUUCUCCUCCCUCAACCAGAAAGUGAAACAAACCAAGACAAAUGUAAACAUUGGCCCCUUCAAGCCCCUCGGGAGGCUGGGCAACUUCUCUAAGCCUGAUGUCAAAGUCAAUUUCCUGAAACCAACUAUGCAUGUCAACCUGUGGAAGUCAGACAGCAGCUUGGAGACAUCAGAUGGCAACCCUGGCACAGGAGCCUUGAAAGACAUCGGUGACGAGCACUCGGAAAUGUCAGACGACUCUGACUCCUAUAAUUCUGACCCAGAGCAUCCGUGUUCCGGUUCUUUAGAAAACGUGGACUAUGUGCUGCCCAGCUGCGGCAUUGUAGCAUCCAACCCACGACUGGGCAGCCGCUCCCAGUCCAUUGGUAGCGUGGAGCUAAAUAUCCCCUCUGUCAUCCGGGUCACUGGCUGUGACGGAGUGCAGGAAAGCUCCGCUCAAGUCAGCGAUGACAAGUCUCCAGGUGCCGCCUCGGUGGCUGAAGAAGCCAUUCUGAUUGACUUUGGUACUCCCAUUGAUGCCUACUGCCACCAGUUUGUCCAGGAUGCACAGACCAAACCUGUUGAGGUGUUCGGAGAGCAUCCGCCAGCUCCUGUACCUCCACUCAACCCUGUGGUGCCCGUGAAGAAUAAGACUCCAGCAGACUCAGACAAGCAGCCAAGCUCUGAGCCGCAGCAUCAGCAGGAAGAGCCCCAGCUCCCCAGGCCAUCCCAGCUAGACGUCCAGUCCACUACCUCCAGUUCCAGCCUCCUCACCGUCCAGAAGCCCAGCUCUGCCGCCUCAGGAGGCUCUCAGAGGAGUCUGUCCUCACAGAUGGAUGGCAGCCUCGGCCCUUCACCCGCUGACAGCAACAGCAGCCGAGUGGUGUCCCCCUUUGCCAAGAUCAAGAGCUCCAUGGUCCAGGUGGCCAGCCUCACCCAGGCGGGACUCACCCAGGGCAUCAGCUUUGCUGUGGCAAAGGUACAGAAGAGCCCCGAGCCAGAUACUGUCAACGAGGCCCAAGAGAGCGAGCUGAAGGCAAUGUUUACGCAGUGCCAGACCAGGAUCAUUCAGAUCUAGUGCUUUCCUUGUAGCAGUACGACGUGUUCACACUUCCUGUAUGGUAGCAGUAGCAAAAGCUUGCACAUAGCGUCACUACUCAGCCAAGACAUGCGCUCUUAAAUUUGCCCUUAGAUUAAACUUACCCAUAUUAAUGAUGACUCUUUUAUCAUUUACAAAUAUAUACCUAAGUCCAAUGGUGAACAUGUUUACAUGCACAUGACUAUGGAUCCCUCUCCUAAGAGAGCACUGAUUGUUCAGUCUAGUCUUUUUUUUUUUAAUAUAUAAAGGAUGUUUAGCCCUUGUUCUUUUUGCCAUGCAAUCUUACACACUUACUGAUAACAAUGUUAGGCCGUCUCCUCUAUGGGUUAUGGGUAGUCAUUAAUGUAUUCCUUCUCUAUGGAUAUUCCAAUAAUGGUGAUACUAUGACAUUUCUGAUGUAAAUGUCUCAAAGUACCAGUACCUAGAACUGGAGUAUAAAAAGGUCAUAUGGGAAAUGUUUAAGUAUUUGGGGAAUUUCUUAUAAUUCCCAUGUGUCAGUGAAAACAUUAUCAUCAUCUAAAUCCUAAAUCACUCCAAAAAUCCUGCUACUGCUAAAUUAAAUUAGUUUAUAAGUAAACUUUUUUUCUUGUUAAAUUCCAAAGAUAUUUUCAUUAUGAAUACCUUAAGACAUAAGAAAUAUUUAGGUUUUUAAGACAUUUUAAACUUGUUUACUUCCAGAGUGGUAUGCAUAGUGUUUUUGCGCAUGUAAACAUGUCACUGUCCUUGGUCUGACGAGUUAUUUAAUUACCCACAAUGCUUGCAUGUGAGGUUAAUGGUGACAACUGAUUUUGACGAGGCAGGUAAAACCUUAGCUGCAUGUUGAAAGACCAACUCUGACUCUUAUCAUGUACUGUAUGUCAUCCUGUGCGUGCAGGUCACUUAUUGGCGUUUGUGAUAUAGACCUUGUAACAACCUUCGAUUUGUAACAGUUGUUGUAGAAUCCGACCAAAUAUCUUUUGUGAUUCCCAAAGGACAGUUCUGUGUUAACUAUUACCCUUUGUAUAGCUGUCAUAAACUAGCCAGACGACAUACUGUACGUAGUUAUCCUAUGUAAUAUCAAUGUUGUCAAGUGUAACUUAGAAGAUUUACUGUUAUAGAAAUAAUGACUACACAAGACCUAAGUAGGAGUAUCUUGGUUGUUGAUAUGUACAGUGAGUAUUGUAUGUUUAACUGUUCCCUGAGUAGAGCCUUCCCUUAAGCUUUUUGUAUUGAUGGCAGGGUGGCAGCUUAAUCUGUUCAAAGAAGUAUGAGCAUUAUAUUUUGAAAAGAACGCCCAGUACUGUCAUUGCUAACCACAAGUAACCAGAAGACUGCUGGUUGGAGUUGUGUUUGAUAGACGUAUGAACUGAAAGAACUAUUCUACUAAUUAAUUACGAGGGUUUGUUUGAACUGAGUCUUCAGCCAGCGUUGUUUAUUGACGUUGCAUGUUUGACAAAGACAGGAGAGUAGCAUAUAGUAGGUAUAUAUACAAUUGCACCCACCCAGUUACUAGAGACACUGACGCUUUAUGCACUCCCCAAACUGAAAGCAUAUUUGCCUUAACAGGGAAUUGAAGUGGGAUUAUGUAUAUCAGGUAUUUAUGGCAAAAUCUACCUUUUUAAGUCCAUUCUUACAUGUUACAUUUGGUGUACUGUAUAAAACAUCAUGUUCAGGGUUACUGUAUGUCAUCAGGCUUUAUCUUGGGAUAUUUCAUCUGCUGGCACAUACAUUCUCUUUGGAAAUGAGCAGGUUUAAGAGAUGUAAACAGUGCGUUGGCUGUGUGUGUGUGUGUGUUGUGCACAGUGCGCAUGAGUUUGUGUGUUUGAGCAUCCCUCCUGCUGCUGCUGCUGCUGGUGUUUAGGAUUGCUCGCCUUAGAGCCCUGGUUAUAUUUAUGUGCUCUGAAGCUGUAAACGUUGUAUUGUUCACGUUUUUUCGUUAACCUCAGGAAGUGAGGUUUUGCCUCAUUAGGCUCCCGUUAAACUUUACACUUGUUGUCAUUCUUUGAAAAUCCUCCUCCUGCAGGACCUUGUUAUAGUCCUCCGGAAGAAAUUAUAAUGAACCAGGGCCAGCUCAUCCCACUGCUGCGUGUAUUGGUGUCUAUUUCUCAUAAAUAAUAAUAAGAAUCUGUUUUGCUUUGAGCUGAAAUAUCCCAAGAUAAACAGUCACACGUUUCGUAUUUUGUGUUAUAUUCGCCUGUUUUUUGAAUUCAGCUUGCUCACCAGCAGACAAGAUGUGGGAUACUUGUAUAUUUUAUCUGACUCUAAUUAUGUUAAGUGAGGCUGUAGCCUUGGCUGCUCUGUGGGUGCUAGAUUAUAUAGUUAUUGAACCUGCUGAUAGUGUGUGGUGCUGCCAAAGCUUGACGGUAACAGCUGUAAUGCAAAGUUUUAAUUUACAAGGUUAAAGGUGUUUGUUUUUAAGUUUACUUUGGGAUUGUUAACACUGGAGCAGUUCUCAAGCAAAGCAGAAACUUAUUCUGUCCUAAACUGGCUGUGUUAGGCUAAGAACAGUGAUCCUCAACAUUCCUGAUAGAGACCACAAUGCUAGCGUGCUGGUGUCUGGUUUUUAUAUGCAAAAGCUGGCAUAGUUAGAUUUAAUCCUAUAUUUGCUGUGUGGGAUUUUUUUUUUCUCCAUACUUUUUUUUUUUUUUUUUUCUUUACACCAAGUGCUUUUGAAACCACCUCCUCAUUUGUCUGCGGUUGUCCUCUGCUCCCCUUAGGACCCCAGACCAUGAUAAAUGAUCAUGUGAUAAGAGGUAGUGAAGCAUUUGAUUUGCACUGUUUAAGCACAUUUUCUAGCAUUAGUACCAUUUCAUCUGAAUGUCUGUGGUCAUGUCUCUCCUCUUUACCAACUGACUGUUGUCAUUGUUUUCCACAGUGUACUGAGAUUGUAUUGUAUAUUAAAGUAUCCUAUUUAUUCUUA